AUGGUGAUCGGGAACCGAGAAUUUACGACUUUCAGGAGUAAGAGUACCAAGAGCACUAAGAGUGACUCGGGGAAGGACUCGGGAAACGGAGAUGAUGCGUCAGUAGGCACGCAUGAGAGCUCGUAUGAGCACCCUCUGGCUCGCAAGGGCUACGACAUUGGCCCCGCGUCGCGGCUGGAGAUAGGCGAUGUCUUCGAGUUCCUCUGGGCCGACUCGCACGAGUUCGAAUGGGAGUGGAAGUGCCUUGGAUACACCCGCUUCAUUGUCCUUCGACAUAGCGACACGUUUCCGCACUAUGUUAUCUGCGUUCCCAUCUCCACCCCCACCAAGAACGACUUCCAGAAGCCCGGAAUCGACUCGAGCCAGCAGGGCUACGUCUUCGAAGAGAAUGACCGGACGCCGCCUUUCGACAAAUUGCCCUUCUCGCCGGUGGGCAUGCAGCUGCGCCCGGGCAAAUUCCGCGUCAAGGAAAACUCGCGAGCCAACUACGCCGAUGUCCUCGAGGUCGAUCACGACGCGCAGGUCAUGGUCGUCGGCGACGUUACCCGCUACUUCGACCGCGUGCGGAGGAAUGUCAACAAAGCCGUCAUGCGCAACGUUCUGAAGAGGGCGUUGGAGCAGUACCGCCAGGGCAAGCUGGUCAGCAAGAAGGGUGCAAAACUGGAGGCGAGUGUGAUAAAUGGUGGUCCCGAUGACGACGACGACGAGCCAGACUACGACCUCGAAGGCGAAAGCGAGCGGGAGAGGACAUCUCCUGUUCCGGAGAUGACUUACCACGUCAACGAUUCCUUCGUGGGAUCGAGGAGGUCACUCGUCGAACCCCAGCCGCGGAGGGAUUCAUAUGCCGACGCCGCGCGGAGGGAAUCGUAUCAUCAAGCGCAGUCUCAACCUCGCCAUGUCCCCAGCGCCGAACCCGCUCCGCCUCCGCCCGCGCCUCCGUUGCCCGACAUGGGCUCGAUGGGACCCCCGCCUCCCCCUGCUCCCCCCAUGCCACCGCAUCUCAACAGUAUGCCCCCGCCGGCUCCCCCUAUGCCGUCCCAUCUGAAUAACAUGCCUCCGCCGGCUCCUCCGAUGCCGCCUCACCUGAACGGCGCUUCUCCGGCUCAGUACAACAGCAUGCCCCCCUCACAGCCGCCCUCCAUCCGGAACCUCGAUCGGGACGACGCGGCCUCCAUCCGUUCCUUCGCUUCCGACGCUUCUCGACAGAGAAGGCAUUCGCGAAGAGAGGAGCGAGAACGAGAACGAGAACGCAACCCGCCACCCCCCAGGCCCGAGGCGCUCGAGCGAAGAAUGUCUAACCACAUUGACGGAGCAUCUCGGCCAUACCGCCAGCGCCUCGAGCUCCCCCGGUCCCGUAGUCAACGUCAGGAGGGAUCCGUAUACGACGUUGCGACAGCCAGGGCAGAUUGA